CUCCUAUAGACACUUCUCUGGUCGACCAGAGAACAAGCAGGGAGCACUGGUUCCUGGGCGACCUUAGUCUUGAGAAAUUUAACGAAGAGUUCAUGCUUAAGAUGAAAGAAGAAUUCAAUCAGACUUGUAGCAGUGGUGGCCAGCAGGAACACGAAGGGAGUAGAAGAGCUGAUGAGAAAAUUUGAGAGUUUUUAUGUGAAUGUGCAAGGAAAGUACACCCGGAGGUUUUAGAGGCAAGGUGGGGGUUGAGGGAUAGAGCGAACGGGGUAAGGAGGUUUGUGAAUGAGUAUAUUGAAAACAAUCAAGUUCCUAAAGAUCAGAAGGUUAUUCUUGUUGGUCAUUAUGGAUUUUUCUUGUAUUACACUCAAGAAUGGGACAAGGAAUACUCUAGAGAUCAACAAUUACCUAAACCUGAAGAAAUAUCAACCCCUGAAAACUGUUUCACAAUGAAAAACAGUCAAUUUUUGCCAGGUGUACUAAGAAUCUUGACUAAAACCUCCAAAAUUGUUCUCUAAGA